AUGGCGAAGAAGGAGGGGAAGGACAACGAUGGCCUAGUCGCUGAAAUUGAGAAAAAGAUUACAGAAGCUUUUGAGGUGUUUGACCGUGAAUCCAAUAAAACUGUGGAUGUCAGGGAGAUUGGUUGCAUUAUCAGGUCACUGGGUUGCUUCCCAAAUGAGGCAGAAGUACAGGAACUGCUUGCACAGAUAGAAGUAGAAGAACCAGGUGGAUUUGUUCAUCUGGAAAAAUUUCUUCCAGUGAUGACAAAAGUUCUACUUGAUAGAAGAUUCCGGCCUAUUCCAGAAGAUGUUAUUCUACAUGCAUUUGAGGCUUUAGAUGAGAAUAAAUGUGGAUAUAUUACCAAAGAGGACCUGGUUAAACAUUUGACUGAAGAAGGUGAGCCCUUUACUCAGGAGGAAAUGGAGGACAUGCUUGCUGUUGCUCUAGAUCCAGAAACAAAUAUUCUUCACUACAGAGACUACCGUACAAAGCUGGUAGUAGAUGAAACUAAGACCUUCCCCUUUAAUGUCUGA